GCGAGCGUUACAGACGAGAAAAAGGGUGCGAUUUUCAUUUCAUCGUUCGGGUGUUGUUGCCAAGAUUCGUCAUGGAUUCCAAGUUGGAAAUUUUUCUCCUUAUCCUCAAUAUUCAUCACGUUUUACUCCUUCCAGAUGUUAUCAGAAUAGGUGGCCUUUUUCAUCCGGCUGAUGAUAAACAAGAGCUGGCUUUCAAAUACGCAGUGGAUAAGAUCAACAACGACAGGACCAUUCUGCCACGAUCGAAACUAAGCGCUCAAAUCGAGCGCAUGUCGCCUCAAGACAGUUUCCAUGCUUCUAAGAAAGUUUGCCAUCUCCUUCGAAGUGGUGUCGCCGCUAUUUUUGGUCCACAGUCUCCCCAAACGGCAAGCCACGUCCAAUCGAUCUGUGACACCAUGGAAAUCCCCCAUUUGGAAACGCGGUGGGACUACAGACUGCGGAGGGAAAGCUGCCUGGUAAAUCUUUACCCGCACCCUACGAUGCUUUCAAAGGCCUACGUUGAUUUGGUGAAAGCGUGGGGUUGGAAGUCUUUCACAAUUAUUUACGAAAACAAUGAGGGAUUAGUGCGACUGCAGGAAUUACUGAAAGCUCAUGGUCCUUACGAGUUUCCCAUAACGGUACGACAGUUAGGGGAAGGCCCGGAUUACAGACCUCUGUUGAAGCAAAUCAAAAAUACUGCGGAAUCCCACAUUGUAUUGGAUUGCACCACUGAGAAGAUCUAUGACGUAUUGAAGCAGGCUCAGCAGAUUGGAAUGAUGAGUGACUAUCACAGCUAUCUGAUUACCUCAUUGGAUAUUCACGGAGUAGAUUUGGAAGAAUUUAAAUAUGGCGGUACAAACAUAACAGCCUUCCGAUUGGUGGAUCCUGAUGGUCCGGAAGUGAGGAAGAUAUUAAAAGUGUGGCAAGCUAUGGCUGUUAAUGAUAAUAACCGGAACCGGAAGCCAGAGUCGAACCAAUUCGUGGACAACAGAACUUUUGUGAAGGCUGAAACGGCCCUCAUGUAUGACGCCGUGCACCUGUUCGCCAAGGCGCUUCACGACCUGGACACCAGCCAACAGAUAGACAUUAAGCCACUCAGCUGUGAUGCCGUAGACACCUGGCCACACGGCUACAGCCUCAUUAACUACAUGAAGAUAGUUGAGAUGCGAGGCCUCACUGGUAUAAUCAGAUUCGAUCACCAGGGUUUCCGGAGCGACUUCGUGCUAGAUAUCGUCGAAUUAGGGAGGGAAGGGUUGAAGAAAAUUGGCAGUUGGAACGCUUCUAGGGGAGUUAAUUUCACCAGGACAUACGGAGAGGCCUACACUCAAAUCGUCGAAAUUCUACAGAACAAGACCUUCGUCGUCACGACGAUUUUGAGUUCACCGUAUAUAAUGCGCAAAGAUUCUACCGAAAAGUUGACGGGAAAUUCGCAAUUUGAGGGAUACGCUGUGGACCUGAUUCACGAAAUUUCCCGUAUUCUCGGCUUCAACUACACGAUCCGCUUGGCACCGGAUGGACGUUACGGGUCGUACAACAAGAAAACAAAAGAAUGGGACGGAAUGAUAAAAGAGCUACUAGAUCAAAAGGCUGAUUUGGCCAUAGCCGAUCUCACAAUAACAUACGAUCGCGAACAAGCAGUAGAUUUCACAAUGCCCUUCAUGAACCUAGGCAUUAGCAUUUUAUACAGGAAGCCCAUUAAACAACCGCCCAACCUUUUUUCCUUUCUUUCACCGUUAUCGCUAGACGUCUGGAUCUACAUGGCGACGGCAUAUCUGGGAGUUUCGGUACUACUAUUUAUACUAGCAAGAUUUACCCCUUACGAAUGGCAAAAUCCCCACCCUUGCAACCCCAAUCCAGAUCAUUUGGAAAAUGAGUUUACGUUGUUAAACUGCAUGUGGUUUGCUAUUGGUUCGUUGAUGCAACAGGGUUGCGAUUUUUUACCCAAGGCUGUGUCGACUAGAAUGGUGGCGGGAAUGUGGUGGUUUUUUACCCUGAUAAUGAUAUCAUCCUAUACAGCCAAUUUAGCAGCAUUCCUCACAGUUGAACGGAUGGAUUCGCCCAUCGAGAGUGCAGAGGAUCUCGCAAAACAGACGAAAAUCAAAUACGGGGCCCUAAGAGGAGGAUCGACAGCGGCGUUUUUCAGGGACUCGAACUUCACCACGUAUCAGAGAAUGUGGUCGUUUAUGGAGUCCGCCAGGCCAUCUGUGUUCACCAUGAGUAAUACUGAAGGGGUUGAAAGGGUCGUUAAGGGCAAAGGCAGUUACGCCUUCUUGAUGGAGUCGACGACAAUCGAGUAUGUUAUCGAGAGAAACUGCGAACUGACACAAAUCGGAGGACUACUCGACUCGAAAGGGUACGGGAUCGCAAUGCCUCCAAAUUCACCGUUUCGAACUGCAAUAAGUGGAGCCAUCCUCAAGCUCCAAGAAGAAGGAAAAUUGCACGUACUGAAGACGAGAUGGUGGAAGGAGAAACGGGGUGGAGGUGCUUGCAAUGAUGAAACUACGAAAACUAGCAGUACAGCGAACGCUUUGGGUCUUGCAAAUAUCGGUGGGGUGUUUGUUGUCCUUAUGGGCGGCAUGGGGGUAGCUUGCGUCAUUGCAGUGUGCGAAUUCGUCUGGAAAUCACGGAAAGUCGCCAUCGAAGAAAGGAUAUCAUUAUGUUCACAAAUGGCUUCCGAACUUCGAUUUAUCUUAAAGUGCAGUGAAUCAUCGAAACCGGUGCAUCCCUUAAAGACUUCCGAUGCCACGACGAUGGUGGAUGGCAACUUUCCACGUCUCGGAUCGUAUCCGUAUGGGUUUGUCUUGGACAAAGAACCCAUCAACUAACUUACAUCCCCAUCUCCCCGAAUCCGUCACUUAUUAUGCUCGUAUUCAAAAAGAUGUGUGUUGUAGAACUUACGCGUCGGAAUUGCAGAACAAUUAAAGACUGGUGAGUUCGUGUGCAAUCUAUUUGUUCGUCUAAAUAACAAAUACUUUUAAAAACAUUUGAAAAUAUGAACUUUUACUAACAUAAUGUAGUUAGCAUAAAUAAUGUCAUCAAAAGGGUGUUUCUUCCUGUGAAAUAUAAUAUAAAUAAGUA